AUGUUUGGUUUCAAAAAAAUAGAUGACUCCUCAACGUCAAUUGAUAUAUCUGGAAAUCAUCCAUCCCAAUUAGUUGCUUUUAGUCCAGAUGGGAGAAGAAUAGCAAAAAUAGCUAACAAGAAAUUAUUUAUCUACAAAAACACUAAUGGUGGCUCGGAGUUGGUACAAGAAUUUCCGAUCGACAGCAAUAGUAUAUUAGAAAAGACAUUGAGCUUAACGCAGACAAAUUAUUCUAUUUCAUUAGCAAUAUCAAAUCGAAAAAAUAAAAGCAUUUUUAUAGCCGUGUCAAUAUACGAAAUCCAAAAAACCUUCAGUAAAAAUAAUUAUACCAUCAAGAAAAAAGACCAUAAAAGAGAUCACAACGAUAUUAUUAGACCAAGGAUUAUUGAAUCUCAACUUGAUGAUGGUCUUAAGAACUUAACUGCUUUCAACGAAACACUAUGCCUUUUAUUAAGUAGGAACUACAAAACAACAUGUGGAUACAUUUUUCCCGUCGCCGGUAUAACGCAAUUUACCGAUCAAGCAAAUCUCGUAGUGAUGACUGGUUCCGAGUUUACUAUGUUUCCGUUGAGAAAAGACUCUUUUUUUCGUACAAGAGAGAUCUUUUUAUCCGCAAGUAACUUAUUCACUUUCACCGAUAACUCAACGUCUUUUAUCAACAAGUUAAUUUUUACCGAUGAAAACGUGCAACAGUAUAUGCAACCUAUUCCACUACCAGUUGAAAUGCAACGAAUUCAGGAGCAAGGAAACCAAGCUCUUCCGUAUUUCAAUAAUUGUAUGACAGGAAGACAUCUUUUUGCUAUAGGAUACAAGAAUCAGAUUGAUUGUUAUUGUCUUGACACUGGUGAUUUAGAAAUUACAUUUUUUUGUCCAGAAGAAAAAAGAACAAAGAUAAUCCAAUCUCUUGUUUGUGCUGUAUCCCAAGAUGCAAGUUAUUUCGCUGCCUCUUUUGAUGACAAUGCAGUUCACCUUUACUUGAUGGAAAAUGGAUUAGAAAUCACGGAACGUAGCUUUUCAAAUAACAAUGCAAUUAUUAGGUUUAUAGGAUUCUUUGAUAAUGAUCAAAAAAUAGUGAUUUACGUUGAAGUUGAAAAUAAAUUUGUGUAUUAUACUUGGGAUUUAAUGCAAUGGGAAAACCCAAUCAGCAAAAACGGACACGAGCAUGUUGAAACUCAUCAUGGUCAACACCCAAAUCUCCCUAAUUGGUCAAUUACUGGCCCAGCUGGUAAUAUAUUACUUUUGUCAGAUAGCGUUGCAGACUCGAAAUUACCCGAAGCGUUGUAUACAAGUAAAAGUCAAGAAAAAGAUCAACAAUACAAUUGGACGAGAGUCAUAUUGGAACAUUGUGGGGUGAAUCUUGAAUGGCACUGGGAAAUAAAACCGAGAAUAAACGAACAACGGCAAAAGAAUCUACAAAGACAAAGAACUCGCGAUUCCUCAUCACCUAUAAAAGUAAGCGUUUCAGACGCCAAAAAAUCAGGUGUCUCAGACACCACAAAAGCAAGUGUUGAUCAAUAUGAACCUUGGAUCAACAAAAUCUAUAUGCAUCAUGUACCUGAGCAAAAACUUGGCAAUGAUACUAUAUUUAUUGGACAAAAAACUAUUCAGAUUUGGACGCCGACUAUGACAGAGAAGACACAGUCCGAAUCACCAAUAAAACCAGAAUCUCAAACAAAAACAGAAGGAGAAUCUAAGUUAAAAUUUAUUUGGCCACUCAAUGAUAAUGUAACAUUAAGAUCUAUUGAAGACUAUACGAUACCGACAACACCUGAAUCAGAUUCAAUCAAUAUAAAUUAUAAGUAUCGAGAUUAUAUAUCGAUGGAUGAUGAUAUUGAUGGCUCGAUACAAAUAUCAAAAAUUGCUGAUGAAUUUUAUAUAAUUUCAGCCAUCAAUUCAAUCAAAUACCUUAAAAGAGUUAGACAUGGUGUUUCCCGAGCACAAAAACAAAAAAUUGACAAAAUAAUUCAAGCAGCGCAAAACAUAAUCGAGGAAUUUGUCUCUUCACCACAAAAUAUUUAUUCAUGGCGCCUUUUAGAUGUAACAAAACACGUGACACGUGAAUUAAUUGUUGCUGAUUGUUAUGAUAUUCUAGAAAAAAUUUUACGAACUGAAGGUGGGGACGAAAAUUCGCGUCAUAGUGCUAUUGAUGCGACUACUCUCGAUAAUGCUAGUAAUAAAGACGACAAUAAAAAUGGAAUAAUAAAAGCUGGUUUCCACAUUCCGAAACUGGUAAAGCUAGGUAAACAUCGAAAGAAACUGGGAGUUCAGUAUAUUAGUGAAAUUACGGUCGCGAUUAAAGAAGAGCAAAAGGAGAUUAUAAAGCUUUUGCUUAAAUAUUAUAUGAGGAAUGCCAAUAACAAUAUUGGUUGGAUGCAUACAGUUUCGCAUGCACUUCCAGCUCUUUAUCAAAAAUAUCCCAAUUUAGUUUCGAAUCUCUUUUCAAAUGAACUAUGUGCAAAAAUAGUAUACGCAAGUGACGAUAUGAUACCUGAAAAAUAUCAUGUUAUAAAAGAAGUCAAAUCUUUUAUGAUACGUAAUAAUUUAUAUAUGGAAAAAACCAUAACACCACAAAAUAAUCCUACAUCCAAUUUAUCAAAACAAAUUUUUAUGGUUCCUUUGCCCGAUUUCACAGUACGCCAACAAAGGAAGCACAUCUUCGAUUUAACACCUCCGAAUUAUUUUUGUCAAUUAACUUAUAUGAAACCGAAGAGAAAACUUUUUGGAAAUUCAACAAUGGAAGCAGUUAUUCAUCAUGAAUGGAACACUAGAACUCGUUGGAUAUUCUCACUCAAGUCUGCUUUCUAUUGGAUUUAUUUGGUGUCCUUUUUGUUUUGGCAAAAAGUGCUUUUAGAUAAAGUUACUUUUGGAAAGGAGUACUUGUUACUUCAUUAUGCUCCAAAAAUUGGAAUUGAACCUAAUGCCGAAUCAUACAAUAGUUCAAGCUCUCACGAUCCUUCAAACACCACAACUUUCAAUAUAACGCGGAACAUCAACCCAUAUAAUCGUAAUGACAAUUUUUAUUUUUCUUUCUGGAAAUCUCUCGAAGCUGUCUAUUUUUGGGUGAAUGGACGUUGGGAUCAGUUAGAUCAAUGGGAUUUUUGGCCAAUUAAUGUUAUAUCUGUAUUCGGGAGCUUCUUUCUUGUGACAAUUAUGCAAAAUAUGCUGAUUGCAUUAAUGACUAAUGUGAUCGAUUCCUCGAGAAAACAAGGUCAUCGUGGUCUUAUACAAGCAAGAGCUGGAAUGAUUAUGGAAGCGGAAGAAAUCUCUGCAUUCAUAACGCCGGUGAUGUUUUUUCUAAGAGUGAUAUUUUUCAUGCCUUUUACGCGUUUUUUCGAAGCCAAUCGUUAUCCACGUUAUAUUUAUUUCGUUGCCGAUCCGAAAACUAUUGAGAAGUACAAGUUGUUGCCAAAGUCAGUCAAAAUGAACGAUAAACGUAUAAAUGAAAUGGAAAAAAAUAUCGACAAAAUUCUCCAGUUGCUUUCUAAAAAUGAGCAAUAG